AUGGGAGGUGGUCCAUCUAACCUGUACAUAUAUAUGGGCCGGAAGGAUGGACAAUUUGAGUUGAAAGAUGAGUACACCGUUAAAAUUAAAAGAGAAAUAUGUGAUACCUGUACCAACUAUGAGAAGGUUUCCUACGAGAUUGAAUACAAAAAUAACAACAAAACCGGUAUAUGGACCUACUACUCAUACUAUUCCGUGACACUUUACACUGGAACCAGCUACGAAAACAUUGGAAGUUACGGGUUUUGCUACUACUACCCUGAUAAAGACCAUAUUCUAAAAGGUCUCGACAUUUACUAUACCCUAAUGAGGCCAGAUCUCCCGGUGGUAGUCAGUUUUAGGACUGUUAAUGGUAAAACAUUUAAUUGUAGAUAUGAACUACUAAAGGAAGCGGGAUGGGACUAUCCCAGGAAUCUGGAAAAGUACACAAUCAAAGGAAGCCUAACUAGUAAGCUAGACGGUGAGUUCAGGAAACUCCUGAAGCCGUUGUACUUUGUUUCAUAUAGUAAAUAUAACAAAGAUGUCGAGCAAGUCCCUAAUGAUCCAAAGAACCCUUACAACCGUAUCUACAUUGGCGAAAAAUCCAAAAAAUUUCACAAGGUUGGAUUUACAUCUAACUGUAACAAAAUGCACGCCCAACUAUACACGGAUAGAUGGUACUGGAGCAAGAGUGAUAGGAACAUGACUGGUCUUGAAGCAAUACAGUGGAAACUAUUCGAUGGAGUAGUGGUGUAUUACCAUGAUACAGAACCUUUAUUAAUUGAGUGUCUUACAGGGUGUAGCACAAAGAUCCAGCACGUUAGGAAGAAAAAGGGGACUGACUUCUGUAAAGCAAAUGUUCCUUACAAGUCUUACAAGGAUUUAGAGGAGAUAUUGGAGAAAUUGAAAAAAGAAUUAGAUAGUGAUAGUAGCACAUAUUGUGGAUCAGGUCAAUCCAAAGUCAGUAGCACCCCUAAGAGUCCCGACACGUCAUCAACAGACUCAUCCAGUACGCAAGAUAAAUCCCGUGGAAAAGACUCAAAUGCCAAACCCAGUGGAGGCACUCAAGAAGUAGAUAAAGAAAAGGCAGGCAGGGAAAAAGGAAAAAAAGAAGAUGGUAAAUCAAAGGAAAAUUUUGGUAGAACAGGUACUCAUCGUCAUCCAGGUCCCGAUCCUAGUCCCGAAAGCCCAGAAGAAACUAAAGAACAAGGAGUAACACCAGGCCAAACACAACACACUGGCCUUAGUGAUAAUCGAGACACACACUCCGACGGAAAACGACUUCACACAACCGAACAGCAACCACAAGAAGAAAAUAAGUUUGAGAAACAAGUGCAAGGACCUCCAAGUGAAACCUCAUCAAGAAGCCCUUCCCCUCAAUCAGAAGUAGAUUCUUCUAAAUCACGGCAUCAAGUCACACAUCAAGAGCCUUCAAGUGGUGAUACUGGUAAAACAACACACGGGAGAGACACACAUACAUCAACCGACAAUACAACACAAGCACAACAACCAGGAUCGCAUAAAACACAUGAACACAUCGAAGGCUCUGGAGGUGGUGGUGACUAUAUUCCUACAUCUGAAGCACUGCAACAGGUUAGUAGCCAGAUUGAGGAGGAUUGUGAUUGCGCACCAAUCGUAGCUUUGGGCACGAUUGCUGCCGCCAUCGUUACUGGCACUGUUCUCGGAGCUGUUGGCAACUUCGUUCACAAGUGCCUCAGCCUCAUCAGUUUAAAUACACUUUAUUUAUCACCAUACAUGGACAACGAUUUAUAUGUGGAAUCUUAUGUUGGGAGGACCGACUGA